AGAGGGCACGGGCGGUCGCGAGCACGUUGCUAGUGGGCGCGGCUGGCGGGCCGGAGGCGGUAGGGGGCUGGCGUCCGGCUGAGUCCCGCGGGUUCUGGCACCCGGACCCGCUCUCGGUCGGGGUGCUCUGCUGAGUAACACUGCCGUGGCGUUCGAGGAGCUGUGGUCCAGCCCGCGCGGCGGGAAGCGGCGGCCCCAGCGUCCUAAGAGCAGCUGUAGCAAACAGACAGAAACCCUGAUUGCCCUUCCUUUCCACAAGACAUCAUCCUGGCCCAUCACAUUGAUGGUGUUGUGGUGAUUGGACCUGGUGGGCAAGAAGGAACAACUACUGUUGACUUACUGAAGCUGAAACCUAUCAACACUCUUCAAAAUGCAGUGGAAUGUACCACGGACUGUAUCUCGGCUGGCACGCAGGACAUGCUUGGAGCCACAUAACGCUGGCCUUUUUGGACGCUGUCAAAAUGUAAAGGGACCUUUACUUCUGUACAAUGCUGAAUCCAAAGUGGUUUUGCUACAAGGCCCUCAAAAACAAUGGUUGAAUUUAUCUGCUGCCCAGUGUGUUGCAAAGGAAAGGAGGCCAUUGGAUGCUCAUUCCCCCCAACCAGGAAUCCUUCGCCACAAGCAAGGGAAGCAACAUGUUUCGUUCAAGAGGGUUUUUUCAUCCAGUGCCACAGCUCAGGGAACUCCAGAAAGAAAGGAAGAGCCUGAUCCUUUGCAAGACAAAUCUAUUAGCCUUUAUCAGCGAUUCAAGAAGACGUUUAGACAGUAUGGAAAAGUUCUGAUUCCAGUGCAUCUGGUAACUUCUGGUGUUUGGUUUGGAACAUUUUAUUAUGCGGCCUUGAAAGGAGUGAAUGUCGUUCCUUUUCUAGAACUCAUUGGGUUACCUGACAGUGUGGUAAGCAUCCUGAAAAACUCCCAGAGUGGAAAUGCACUCACAGCGUAUGCCUUGUUUAAGAUUGCAACACCUGCUCGGUAUACCGUGACUUUGGGAGGAACAUCCUUCACUGUGAAAUAUCUGCGCAGUCGUGGCUACAUGUCCACGCCACCACCCGUCAAGGAGUAUCUACAGGACAGGAUGGAGGAGACAAAGGAGCUUAUCACAGAGAAGAUGGAAGAAACAAAAGACAGACUCACUGAGAAGUUACAAGAAACCAAAGAAAAAGUUUCCUUUAAGAAAAAAGUGGAAUAAGGUGCCUUACAGCAGUAUAGAAGUAUAGCAGUAUGGAAAAUUCCUGCACUUUAACCCUUUGGAAACUGUGGGCAAAGAUACGUGUGUCUGAUUAUUUUUUUGGUUAGUUGUCUAAAUAUACAAGUUCUCUGAGGGUUAAAGAAGUAAAAUACCUUUUUAAAGUUAAAUAUCACUAGAAAAAUCAGUGUUAUUACAAGGAAAGAAAUGAACCCAGUGUAAGAAUUUCCCAUCAGUAGCAGUAUUAAGCAGUGGUGAACGUCGUAGAAGUCAUACUUCUUUUUCCAGGUCUUCAGAACCACACUUGAUUUCUGUUUUGUUGCAGCUGUAAUUGAUGCACACUAGAGGCAGUUGACUCCUGGAAUAACCAGUGAGACCCAUAAAAUAAGCUAAUACUGGAUCUUAAUUUUUAUGUUAUUCAUUAAGGUUUUAACUAUAUUCAGUAUGUAAUUUGGAGACAAACUAGCAUCAUCCAAACUGCCUGUGAAUAAGAAGGUAUUUAGUCUUUCUAUAAAAACAGAAUAGAGCAGUUACCUACCAGUUAAAAUAUAUGAAGAAAAUAGAAUAAAGAUUCAGUCAUAUAUAUGUAAAUACGAUGUAUUGAUUGUACGUAAAUGAAAAAUGGACCCUUUAAAAAUUAUUUUUACCUGAAGCUUGUCAUAAUUUUUUUAAGCAAAUAUAUAUAUGGUGAUGGUAUUUUUCGAAGUGUGUGUUGGUGGUGAUUGCCUCAAACAUAAACCUCUCAUGAAUUAUUUGUGUCCUUUUCACCUGAUCUUUCAGAGGAAAGGUGAACAAUCAUUAAACCUUAAAUUUAUUGUUAAAAUCAAA